AUUUUCUUUGUAUUUUAAAGCUUUUUUAAUCACAGACCACAGUCGCUGGACUUUUCCAAGGCGAGGUUGCACCACCCUCCUUGCGGCGAACAUUUUUUAUCCAUGUGCGUAAAAGAGCUGCUUACGAUCUCAUUAGUGGGAUGAUGACGUCUGCAGGACAUGCUUCAUUUGCGUCUGUUUCUCCUAUUUGUUCUCUUAUUUUUAAAAACAGUAGCAGAUUGUCAUCAAGUAUAUUUCAUGGGAAUUUUACUAAACCAAGGAAAUUAUAUGCUUGCAAUCAGAAGCGCCAACGACACGGAGAACCUGUGAUGGUUGCUGAGCGAUAUCUUCCUCCUUGGUUCAGUGUUGCUCCAAUGAUGGAGUGGACAGAUAAUCAUUAUAGAUUUCUUGCCCGACUCAUUUCAAAGCAUGCAUGGCUCUACACAGAAAUGCUUGCUGCAGAAACAAUUGUUUAUCAAAAGGGAGAUUUGGACAGAUUCUUGGCGUAUACUCCAGAACAACAUCCUAUUGUGCUUCAAAUUGGGGGAAGUAAUUUGGAGAACCUUGCAAAAGCAACUGAACUAGCAAAUCCUUAUGGCUAUGAUGAGAUUAAUUUUAAUUGUGGAUGUCCUAGCCCUAGGGUAGCUGGCCAUGGGUGUUUCGGCGUGCGUCUUAUGCUUGAUCCAAAGUUUGUUGCUGAGGCUAUGUCAGUAAUUGCUGCCAAAUCAGAUGCUCCUGUCAGCGUUAAAUGCCGAAUUGGUGUCGAUAAUCAUGAUUCAUACAAUGAGCUCUGUGAUUUUAUUUAUAAGGUUUCUUCUCAGUCACCGACUAGACAUUUCAUUAUACAUGCACGAAAAGCAUUGCUCAAUGGCAUUAGCCCUGCCGACAAUCGAAAAAUUCCUCCCCUGAAAUAUGAGUUCUACUAUGCUCUUUUGCGCGACUUUCCUGACUUAAGGUUUACAAUUAAUGGAGGCAUAAAUAGCAUUGACGAGGUCAAUGCGGCACGAAGGGAAGGAGCUCAUGGGGUUAUGGUUGGACGGGCGGCAUUCAAUAACCCUUGGUACACUCUGGGACACGUUGAUACUGCUAUUUAUGGUGCACCCUGCAGUGAUCUUACGCGCCGUCAGGUCCUUGAACAGUACCAGGUGUAUGGCGAUUCUGUUCUUGGGAAAUAUGGACUUAAACCUACUGUUCGAGAUGUUGCUAAGCCUUUAUUAGGUCUUUUCUAUUCAGAGCCUGGAAAUGGUCUUUGGAAGCGCAAAGCUGAUGCUGCUUUCCAGCAUUGCACGACAAUCAAAUCUUUCUUUGAGGAAACUCUCGGUGCCAUUCCUGACUCUGUUUUGGAUUCACCUGUUGGUAAGCCGCCAUCAGAUUUUAUAGAUACUUUUGCUAAUUUGAAUGGUAUUCUACCUCCUCCAUAUACAGAAAGAGAACAAGACGUAUUGUAUGCUUAGUUUUGUAUUUGUAUUUGCAAUAUACAAGUGCCAGUACCUAUACCUCAUCUCAAGGACGAGUAAUUGUUCUUAUUCUUUGGGAUAAUUGCAUGUCAAUCCCAUGUAAAAUUCUAGCUUUGAGUACUUUAGUGGAUAAGUUGUGAAUCUUAAUUCUGACGAGACCCUUAUUUCUUGCUAAGAUUGAAAGGAUAGUUCCCAAGCUCGUGACAUUUAUGAAGCCGAUGUCUUCGGGCUAGGGUUAAGAUAGGAUUUUAGUUUUUCCAAAGAUGUUACAUUCUUGUAAUGAUGGUGCGCUAAAUUUUGUGUACCACGAGCAAUGGAGUUUGAUUUUUUGUCCA